AUUAGAAUCCAAAGACCUAUGCGGUUCGAUUUAGAGCCCGGUUCCAUGGACCGGUUCUGGACGGUGUAACUGGUUUUCACGCUACUCACGCCCGCUCUAGAGGUUAGCGGUUCGAACGCCACAAUUUUUUUUUGUCUGUAUUACUAGAAAAAUCAGCUGCAAAACAGGGCACGGUUUCUUAACAGAACAGAAAAUCCAGAAGGUUCUUCUUGGUCGGCCAGCGAUUGCAGCGUUUAGACGUAUUCUGAUGCAGACAAUUUGCCCGAUAAAGCUUGAAAAUUUGAGGAUUUUGUUUUUUGAUUUCUCGGUUUUUUGGUUUCCUAUCUACGGAUCUGAUAAGCUAUAGUAUUGUUUAGAUUGAGAAAAGAGAGAUGGAUUGGGGAACUGUAACAGCAGAAGAUCUAAUCGGUGCUUUGAGGGAAGUAGAUUGGUCUAUGCCUCCUCGUUCUGUCAAUGAAUUCUUCUCCAAAUUUACCAUCCCUAGAUCCUAUCUCAAGUGGAACAGCCGCCUCAAGUGCAAUCUCUACUACUACAGGACCAACUACUUCAUUUUGAUAGUGUUUGUUCUUGGGGUUGCAUGUCUCACAAGGCCGAUGGCUAUUCUUGCUGCUGUUUUGACAGCUUUAAGCAUUGCGUUUCUUAAUGAUAGUUUUGCGGCUACUUUCAGUGAAAAGGUAACAAGAACAGUAAGAAAGUUCUCUCCACACUUGGCAGCAAAGAUGAGGCCUCCUCACAUGCCUGUUAUUCGUGGCCGUCCUUCAUCCAAAAAAUCAGUAUACAUCUGUGGCAAACCUCGUGGGGUGUUUGUGUUCUUAUUCUCAGCUGUCAGUUUUAUUCUGUGGUUCACUUCUGGCACUCUGAUGUUUGUUUUAUGGGCAUUUGGCAUCAGCCUCCUUGUUACUGUUCUUCAUGCAAGUGUCAGAACGCCUAAUCUGAAGGCACGCCUCAACACAUUCCGGGAAGAAUUUCGUGCUGUGUGGCGUAAUUAUAGCGAGCUUUGACUGGUUAUAAAGUUAAAAGGUACCACUGUAUUAGGAUGUGUGCAGUCGUGAUUCGCACCUUGAAUUUCAGUUAUGCUGCAAGUAUUCUUUGUAAAUAUAAACAAAUUGUUAACUCUUUUGAACGGAGAUGAUUAAAAAAAUUCUAUAUUUCUGCUUGGCA